GAGUAGGUCAGGCGAACAAUCUUCCCUUAUCAGUAAAUAAAGUAAUACAUUAUACCUAAAUACAUGAAAGAAAGCCCCGGUGAAGUGAAAAACUAUGUCAAGUCUAACGUUUAAUAUUAUGUCAUUUUUCUUUUUCUGCACAAACCUGGGGUUAGUGUACUCAUGCUGCGCGGAUGGGUGGACAAGUUUCGGUGGAUCGUGUUAUUUCUUCGGACAUCAUAACCUUAAUUUUCAGGAUGCCGAAAGGUCAUGUCAACAUUACGGGGCUCAUUUGGUUAUCAUCGAGACAAAAUCUGAAAACACAUUUCUGAAGAGUCACCUUGGAACUCUAAAAGAUACAAAUCACUGGAUUGGACUAACGGAUGAAGUUCUCGAGGGUACCUGGAAAUGGUAUUCUAAUGAUUCCAUAGCAACCGGAUUCACUGAUUGGGGUACUGGACAACCCAAUGAUCACAGACAUGGAAACUGUGCCGCCAUUUGGGCCUCUUUCCAGUAUAAAUGGGUAGAUGAAUCAUGUACACAUUUGUUUAAACCUUUAUGUGAGAAAAGGGAGAGUAAUCAAGAUUAAAUUUCUGAUGAAAUGAUAUGAUAUGAUAUGUAUUUCCUUGAAUGAAACAAAAUAAAGAUUUAA